CGGAAACAACGCUUUUUUCUGGGGGGUGGUAUCCGCUGGCCAUCUAUCAAAAGACAAAGCAAAACUUUAACAAGCCAGUUUUGGCCUCGGAAUUAAGGACGACCGUCGGGAUUGUCUUGCUAUGAUUUGUCCGAGUUGAUGAAACGAAAUGUGUUUCGAGUGAAAGACAGACAUUUUGUUAAUUUGGCGAAUUACGGCAGCUAGCGGUUAGCUCGUGGCUAGCCUAUCCGCUGGCUAACAGAGCUUGACACUCUGUCAACAAGUUGUGUUCAGCAUGGACUGCACGGCGCUGGAGCUCGAUGGUGUCAAAUUUGCCAAAACGGCUGUCACCUAUGACCAGAAUGGCAAAUAUAACGAGGCUGUAUUUUAUUAUAAGGAGGCAGCCCAGGCCCUGAUAUAUGCUGGCAUGGCAGGGUCCAAACUGGAGGGAAUCCAGGACAAAGUGAAUGAGUACUUGGAUCGGGUCCAAGCCCUCCACAAUGCUGUCCAGGCACAGAAGAUCGACCCGCUGAAGUCCAGGGAGCAGGUGGGCCUGGAGCGUGCCCACUUCCUGGUCACCCAGGCUUUCGAGGAAGACGAGAAGGGAAAUGAUGAUGAAGCCAUUGAACUUUACACUCAAGCUGUUGAGCUCUGCAUUAAGACGUCCAACGAAACAUCGGACCAGGCUCUGCAGAACAAGCUGAAGCAGCUAGCACGUCAGGCUUUAGACAGGGCGGAGGGUCUUAAAGACUCCCAGUCCAAAUCAACUCCAGCUCAGACUCAGGACAAGAUCGGACCUUCUGGAACCAAGCCCAGCAGUGGGGACAGUUCCGGAGGGCCGGUCCGCCAGUUUUUCCCCCUCGGGCCAGACUUCUCCCUCCAUGACCGGCCACACCCCCAGCCGGUUCGGGCAGUCCAGUCCAGCGAGCCUCAGGGUCAGCGCUACACGUCUGAGGAGAUUGAGGUGCUCAGGAGUACAUCAACAAUCAAUGGCAUAGCAUAUGUUCCCUUUAUGAGUGUGGACCUGAGAGAGCGAUUUGCCUUUCCUGUCCCUUUCUCGGACAAAACAGGAAAACUUGCACUGUCACCCAAACAGAAGGCCAUCUUCUCCCGCUGGGUCCGGCCCGACGAGAUCUGCAAUAACCCCACCAUGAUCAUGUCUGUGUCCAGCUUCAGCAUCAAACAGACGGUGGUGUCUGACUGUUCGUUUGUGGCGUCGCUAGCCAUCAGUGCAGCCUAUGAGAGACGUUACAACAAGAAACUCAUUACCAGCGUCAUCUAUCCUCAGAACAGACGAGGAGAACCUGAGUAUAACCCCUGUGGGAAGUACAUGGUCAAGCUUCACAUCAACGGAGUUCCCAGGAAGGUGAUUAUAGACGACUACCUGCCGGUGGAUCGUAACGGAGAGCUGCUGUGCUCCUACUCCAGCAACAGGAACGAGCUCUGGGUCUCCCUGAUAGAGAAGGCCUACAUGAAAGUGAUGGGAGGCUACGAUUUCCCUGGCUCCAACUCUAACAUUGAUCUGCACGCGCUCACUGGCUGGAUCCCUGAGCGCAUCGCUAUGCACUCAGACAAUCAAUCAUUCAGCAAGGAUGACACUUUUCGGAUGCUUUUCCAGAGGUUUCACAGGGGUGAUGUCCUCGUCACCACAGCGACGGGGGUCAUGACUGAGGAGGAGGGCGAGAAAUGGGGUUUAGUGCCAACACACGCCUACGCUGUGCUUGAUAUCCGGGAAUACAAGGGAAUGCGUUUCCUGCAGCUGAAGAAUCCAUGGAGUCAUCUGCGAUGGAAAGGGCGUUACAGCGAGCGUGACGAGAAGAACUGGACACCUGAACUCCUCAAACACCUCAACUUUGACCCCAAGACAGCACAGAAGUUUGAUAAUGGUGUUUUUUGGAUUGCAUGGGAGGACCUUUGUCAGUACUAUGAUGUCAUCUACCUGAGCUGGAACCCUGCCCUGUUCAAAGAUUCCUCCUGUAUUCACAGUAGCUGGGAUGGGAAGCAGGGCCCAGUGAAGGACGUCUACAGUCUGGCCAACAAUCCGCAGUACAAGCUGGAGGUCCAGUGUCCAACAGGGGGAGCUGCUGUGUGGGUGCUGCUCACCAGACACAUCACAGACAAGGAUGAUUUUGCACAGAACAGGGAGUUUAUAACCCUUGUUGUUUACAAGACAGACGGGAAGAAGGUUUACUACCCAGCGGACCCCCCUCCUUACAUCGACGGCAUCCGUAUCAACAGCCCACACUACCUGACCAAGAUGAGACUGACCAGCGCAGGGACACACACCUUCACACUGGUGGUUUCCCAGUAUGAGAAACAGAACACCAUCAACUACACACUGCGGGUAUACUCCGGAUGCAAAUUCACCUUCUCCAAGAUCCCAAAUCCCUUCACUCAAACCAAAAGAAUCAACGGCCAGUGGAAGGGGCUCACCGCUGGUGGUUGUGGAAACUAUAAGGAUUCAUACAAACAAAACCCGAUCUAUCAGAUUAACCUGGAGCGGUCUGGACCGCUGCUCAUCGAGCUCAGAGGAUCCAGGCAGUACAGUGUUGGUUUUGAGAUGGUGACGGUGUCGACGGUGGGGGAUCCGGGCCCGGCGGCCUUCCAGAAAAAGAGCAGUGGUGAUUACAGAUGUGGCUUCUGCUACAUGGAGGCGGACCACGUCCCAGCAGGCAUCUACAACGUCAUCCCCACCACCUUCUUGCCCAAACAGGAAGGACCUUUCUUCUUGGACUUUUCCAGCACCAUACCCCUCAAGGUCUCCCAUCUCCAGUAAAGAUGGAGCUGGAGAGAGGAGGGGCAGAGGUUGGGAGUGAGGUUCAUGCAAGAGUGACAUGGGAUGUCUCUGAAACUAUACUUUGGAGAUGUCAUCAAGGCCUCAAUAAAACUCAAAGGGCCUGGGGCGUGACUGGCAGCCUUGAUAACUCUCGCUGAAACCUUUGUGGAGGUACAGUAAAUGGAAAGACUUGAGGGCUUGAACUUCAACAUUGACUUGAUGAUACCACCACAGUUAUGGAGAAUAAGUUAAUUGUUAAUAAGGAAUCAUCAAGAGGAACUUCAGUAUGAAAUUUAACCCAACAACAGUCAAGGCAUUUUGGUACAGAAUAAAAUUCACUUUCACCAAAAAUGACAAAGUAGAGACAAUGAGAGCAGUGUCAGAGAGCUGAUGUACCUCUUUUUGCCAUAAUAAGAUAGAUACAGCAUCAAUGGAGCUGAGCUUACAACCACCAGAUGAAAUAAUUUCCAUCAACAUCAUUGUUCUGAUCAGGCAGUUAAAUCUGAUGUAUGUCAUAGGAUAAUGAUAAUCAUCACUCAACAGGAUGUGGAGAAGAAACAGGGUUAAAAUGCACACCAGUCACCAGCCAAGAGCUGCAACAUGGCCAUCAAGGUACCCGAAAGCAGCAAUUCUUUUCAGGUUGUGUUUUGUUGUGAUGAGCAUCUCAACAGUCCAGUCAAAUGUUUUGAGAUUUGUUUUUUGCUCAUAGAAAUCAACUUCCUUUUACACUUGUGGUCUGAGACUUCUUUCAUUGUUUGGGCCCCUUAAUUCUACAGCAUACAAUAAUAUCUUAGACAACAGUGUUCUUCCAACAGUGUUUGUCCCUUUCCUGUUUCAACGUGAGCCCCAUCCAGCACCUUUGCGGAGCACUAAACUAGAGCCAGGCCUGCUCACCAGCAUCAGUGUUGGACCUCACUGAUGCUUUUGUGGCUGAUGAGUAGCAAAUCCCUGCAGCAGCUUCAACAUCUGGUGAAAGACUGAAACAUGUUAAGCUUUCACAUAUUGGUGGAGUGUCAAGAUGUCCACAUACAUUUGGCCAAGGUGGGGAUUAUAGUUGAGACUUUGGAUGACAUUUUUGACAAUGUUUCUGAAACAGCUGCCUUGUUUUCCUGAUAGAAAAUCAUGUUGAUGACAGCUGAGCAAGUAUACAGCCAUCCAGGCAGGUACAGGAAAUGUUCAUGAUCUCUCACUAAAAGGGAGACUUAUCAAUCAUUUAGUGUAGAGCCAAUGUGAAAUGACAGCUGUCUCUAGUAAUUUCAUACAUGAACCUGCCCAGCAGAAAUGGUGGAACUGCUUUCUUCAACUGUGUCACAUUGCCGCUUCUCCACAGAAAGCAAAAAUAACUGAACUGUUGUAGCUGUUCUGAGCUUUAAAUACAAUGGAAUAGGAUGAUAAACUAGAAACCAGAUAGUAAUAAUAUGUAGGGUCACAGUAACUCUUUAUUUAUCGUUAUUUACUCUAUUGUUUAUAUUAAUUAAUUAGUUAUGGAAAGCCAUGAAAAAGUCACAAAGUUUUACGUCCAGGCUCAAUGGUGUGUAACAGGAUGGGAAAUAUAAAGACAACACAUGCUUAAGAAGCUCACUACUGCAAAACAACUCUGAUAAGAAGAAGUUGUUUCAUACUGGCAGCCAUGAUACAUUGAUACAUGAACAUUUUGCACAAACGAAGUCCUCGGUUAACCCUUUCUUUGAUUAUUGCUUUACCGAACCAGACUUUUUAUCAGACUUGGUGACAAGAGUUUAAAAAGUCUGUCAAGUGGAAGCAGCUGUUAGUUUCCUUAAAUGACAGUGAAGGUUUUGUUAUUCUCAGGAGCAGUGCGGCAGAGCAGCACCACCACAGGGAACCCAGUAUGGCAGCAUUUGAAUGAUGUCUCUUCAUGUUGUCUGUAUCAGCCUGAUUUCGCUGACAGACGUCGCGUCAGCACUCAGCACUGCUUGAGACAGGCAUCACACACUGUGUGUGUGUGUGUGUGUGUGUGUUUGUUUGAUUGUCACUAUCAACCUUCUGCAGGUGGAAAUGUAAAUGUAUUGCCAAGUACACAUCUGUUUACCUUUUUGUUGAUAUACUGCACUUUUAAAAAAUGUUUCAUUAUCAAAUAAUAUAUGGAAAUGAAUAUGUAACAGUUUUCAGAAAAGCAGCUCAUCUGAAGUCAACUUGUUUUUUUUGGGGUUUUUUGAGUGACGUCAGCAUUUUCAACUGCACCUCAUGGUCUAAAUGAGCAAAUACAGCUUGGUCAUGGAAUUGUUUCAGUCAUCUUCCCAAUAACUGAGCAAACUCCCAGAUGAAGACCAUGACGUGUUAGUAAGUGUAAAAACUCUGAAGAAAAGUCAGUGACAGACAGCUGACUUGUUUGCAAUGUCCUUUAAUUGCAAAUGUUUACAUGAAGGUUUAAUUAGAAAGUGAAUCUGACUGCAGUGGAUUACACAGGGUUAUAUCAGUGUUGAGGCUACUGUGCAUGUCAUCACACAAUGUCAUUCUUUGUUAACUGUAAGCUGCUGUAGUAAAUGUAAAGCCCCUGUGCACAGCGCUGUGUUGCCAUAAAACACAGUCUGCAGCCAGUAAUUAAUUUCAUUUCAUUAUUUUUUUUUCACUUAAUAGAUUGUUUAGCCUAUAAAAUAGGCAAAAUGUCCCCCACAAGAUCACAGGGCCUAAGUUUACAUCUUCACAUUGCUUGUUUUGUCCAACCAAUUGUACAAAACCAAAUAUUAUUCAAUUUCCAGUGAUUUAAAACAGAAAUGCAGCAUAUUAUCACAUCUGAAGCUGGAACCAGAGAGAUUUUUGAUUUGAUUUGUCGUUUUGCUUGAUAAAUGACUAACAAUUAACUGAUUAUCAAUAUGCAGCCAGUGUUGUCGUGUGCAGACUGCAACAGGGCACUGUGCACUGAAUGUGGACGAUGUAACAAAAACAUUUUCACAAUGUAGCACACACAACUUAAUAUGGUUUCAUUAAGUUAAACCACACACCUCAGCUUUUUUAUACAAUCAUUUCAUUUGUUUUCCACAUUUUAAAAUUCACAACUCACACAGUGAAUCAGCACAGUGCAAAGAGAACAUGACAAACUGCCCUCAGUUACCAUUAUUCCCUCUGAAAAUUCUGUAAUGCAGCUGGAACCGUGAUUAACUUGACCUGCUUUAUAGUAAAGCUGCUGGGGAUCAUGGUGACAACUCCCACAAUUCCUCUUAACAAUAAUUAAUACUAAAGCCUGUGCUGACUGAACUAAUAAUGCUGGUGUUUCAUUCAGAGUAGUGGGAUAUAGCUUUAAAUAUCCAUUACUUAUUGAUUAAUCAUAGAUCAUUUGCAUUAUGGAUGCCAUAUCUCUCUGUUACCAUAUUCAGUUGUCUUUUUCAAUUAAGGACUAAUUUAAAUAUGCAGCAGGACAAUCUUGCAUCAGCCUGUUGUAUGAAUGAUGAUGUAAUGUUUUCAGAACUUGCACUAAAUGUUGGGUAGACUGAUGUGUUCAACAUUUGAAUACAGAACAUGAUAUCU